AUGGUUGUGGCCUCGAUCACGAGUGAAGAGAUUUUACCCAUUGAACUUCCAACGGUGGACUUAGCGGCAGAAAGAUCGACGGUGAUAAAACUCAUCGUGAAAGCUAGUGAGGAGUAUGGUUUCUUCAACGUGAUUAACCAUGGUGUUCCUCAUGACACCAUAGCCAAAAUGGAAAAAGCGGGUUUUGAUUUCUUUGCAAAACCACUUGCCCAAAAGAAACAGGAUGCACCUGAUCAUUAUGGAUUCAAAAACAUAGGGAUCAAUGGAGACAUGGGUGAGGUUGAGUAUCUUCUCCUCAAUGCUGCUUCUAUUGCUCAGUUCAUGAACAUCUCCAAUGAACCAUCAAACUUCAGCUCUACUGUGAGUGCAUACAGAGAUGCUGUUAGGGAGCUAGCAUGUGAGAUAUUGGAGCUAAUGGCAGAGGGUCUGGGGGUCCCGGAUACAUUGGUAUUCAGCAGGUUGAUCAGCGAGGUUGAUAGUGACUCAGUGCUCAGGUUCAAUCACUACCCACCUAUACUUAACAAAGACUGCAAAGAUAAGGACAAGUCGCCUUCUCACAGCCAUAACAAGGUUGGCUUUGGGGAGCAUUCUGACCCUCAGAUUCUUACCAUACUCAGAUCCAACGAUGUGGGUGGCCUCCAAAUCUCUCUUCAAGAUGGGGUGUGGAACCCAGUUACCCCUGACCCCUUAGCUUUCUGUGUUAAUGUGGGUGAUCUCUUACAGGUUAUGACAAAUGGAAGAUUUGUGAGUGUGAGACACAGGGCAGUGACCAACGCAUACAAGUGUAGAAUGUCGGUGGCAUACUUUGGGGCUCCACCACUUGAUGCAUGCAUUGUUGCUCCUUCAGUUAUGGUUACACCACAGAGGCCCUCCCUCUACAAACCCUUCACUUGGGCUGAAUACAGGAAAGUCACCUACUCUUUGCGGCUUGGAGAACGCCGCAUUGACCUUUUCAGGAACUGCACACAAGUAGAGUAA